AUGCCUGAGAACCUGCCUCCACCAGCACCGGUAGUUACCAUGUCGGUUGGAUUCUUAGUCCCAAGUAAUGGCAGCGCCGCACCCACAAAUCGAACAGGCCUCCCAGAGUUUACUGGAGCUGCGACAAGGGUGGUGUCUGUGUCCAAGACAGAAGUCAUGCUGGGAUGGUUGGUUGGUGUAGUCGGCUUUCUAGCCAUUGGAGCACUGUUCUAA